AUGUCACCGGAAGUUAUACCAGACGGGCUCUGGUAUCAUGGCAACCAGCCGGCAACGGAGCUCGAAGAGCUCGCCUUCCACGGCAGCACAACGACCAUGCACGAGCACAUAAAGAGGAAGCACGUUGUGGCUUAUGACGAUGGAGACGAGGGACCAUCGUCUCGUGUUAAAAAAGAACGUUCUUCUUCAAUGGGCGACUUUGUUAUAAAGCCAGCUUCAUGCACACCUCAGCAAGCAAAUGACCUGACUGAGUCCAUACUGAAAAUGUUGGUGACGGACAUGAGACCUCUGUCCAUGGUGGACGAUGAAUGGUUUAAAGAGAUGAUUAAACAGUUCAACCUGGAUUAUCAUGACAACUACCUACCAGGCAGAUCCCACUUCACCACACUGAUGGAGAAGAAAUAUCAUGCAACCUUUGAUAAGGUAAAGGAGACCCUCAGGGGUGUCAACAGUUUCCUCACACUGACUGCUGAUGUGUGGACCAGUCGUGCAACAGAGGCUUACCUUGGUGUGUCUUGCCAUUUCCUGACUGAAGAUUGGAAGAUGAAGACCCUCAACCUUUCCACCAUGCCUCUUGAGGAGAGGCAUACUGGUGCAAAUAUAAUGACAUGGAUGGAAGAGGUUUUAGCAAAGUUUGACAUCUUGCCCACCAAAAUAAAAGCAGUAGUUCAUGACAGUGGUUCCAACAUGGUGGCAGCAAUGAGACUGCUUGAAGAAAAACAUGGAUGGGCCUCUAUCCGCUGUGCUGGACACACACUCCAGCUCAUAGUCAACACUGCUCUCAAAGAAACCACCAUCAGCAGAGCACUAGGUGCUGCUAGGCACCUAGUGGAGCACUUCAAGAGAAGCGAGCUGGCUAGUACAAAGUUAAAGAUGAAACAGGAGCAAAUGAAUGUCAAGCAACAUGCACUGAUCCAGGAUGUCAGCACCAGAUGGAACAGUACAUUCCACAUGAUUGAAAGACUCCUUGAACAGCGCUGGCCUCUCACUGCCACUCUCUCAGAUCCUGACGUAACUCCAAGGGGGAAACACUACUUCGACCUGAAGCCAGAGCAGUGGAAGCUGCUGGAAAAAUUGAAGCAAGGGUUGGCACCUUUUGAGACUGCUACUGUUUACCUUAGUGGACAGCAGUACACAACCAUUUCAGGUCUUCCACAGGUGGUCAAAGGGCUGACACGGGCUGUCCACCAAAGCCAAUUUGAAACAAGCUCAGGAAAGUCCUUCAUUUCCAGUGCAGAAAGGGGGGUAACACAGAGAUGGGGGAGUCUUUGCACUGUCUCAGGAGACAAAGAAAAUCCUGUUCUUCUUGCAGCCGCUUUGGACCCGAGAUACAAAAAGCUGAAGUUUUUGACUCCUGAAGAUGUCAUCAGACUGCAGGGGAGUAUUGAAGUGCUUGCUGUUAAAGAAGCAAAAACGACUGGGACACAGAAUGCAAAACUGCAGAAGGCAAAUGGUUCAGGUAGAAAGAGUGCUCUGGAAACCCUUCUUCAGUCUGACACAGACAGCUUGAGUGAAAAUGAGGAUGAAGAAUCUGAGGAAGACAGAAAGAUCCAAGUUGUGAUAAAUGAAGUUCGGCUGUACUUCAGCGAGGCCACACUCCCUAAAAAGGAUGAUCCUCUCAAAUGGUGGAGUGAAAAUGGGGGGCGAUUCCAGACACUAUCAAGGCUAGCUAAAUCUUUUCUCUGCAUCCCUGCAACCUCCACCUCAUCGGAGCGGAUUUUCUCUGCAGCAGGAAACAUCUGCUCUCAAAAGAGAGCAAGCCUUUCUACAAAACAUGUAGAAAUGCUAACUUUCCUGGCUAUGAACAAGAGCCUUGUGCAGUUUGGAAUUAUAUAG